GUUCGAUUAGCCCGCUGAGGUUUUUUUCUCCAAGAUGGCGGAGCUGCGACUCAGGAGGCAGUGUGGCGGAGCGUGGAGAAUAAAAUAAUCAGGAAAGGUGGUUAGGUGCCUAAAAAAGGAGACAACCGCGUCAUAUUAUUGCUCCCAGAAGAGUCCAGUGGAGGAUGAUCAGUGCCUAGAUCCCGUAUUAAGCUGAAUGCAUUGUGAUUUCCAAUAAUUGAGACAGUGAUUCUGAAAGCUGUCUACAUUAAUGAAAAGAACAAUGUAGUCAGCUUAGCAUUUUCACCUCUGGUACGUGGUCUUUACAGGGAUGUGCUUCUGCAUGCAUGCAUUCUUGGUUUAGGUAAAGGAGAGUUUCUCAGCAGGUCAGAUUUUUUUAAGAGUAAAUUAAUAGUUCUGUGUAAGACAGAGUGUGAGACGCAGGGUCAAUGGAGAUAGAUGAUGUUUUACCCCCUCUCCCCUUGGAGCCACCUGAUGAUUUUGGCCAACAUGAGGGCAGAGCACCUCCACCACCUCCCCUGCAAACGUCCAGUGACGCAGAGGUAAUGGACGUUAGCUCUGGUGGUGAUGGAUACACAUACACCCCAGGGGAUGGGGAAGCCCAGCCACAGGAGCCCCUCAGCAUGGGCUCAGUUACUUUCUGUAGCCACCUCUCAAAUGAGGCCAAUCCCAAUCCGACGUGCCCUCGAACAGCCCGCCACGCUCCGCCAGUCACCAAGUUUCUCCCAGACCUCAAGCUGCUCAGAGAUGUAAAGAUCAGGGUGAGCUUCACUGAAAGCAGCAGCAGCAGCAGCACUAGCAGUAGCAAAGACAGGAAGGUUUUGUACACAGGCGAGGGGCAGGAGGGAGGAAGUGAUGACGGCCUGAAUGGUGAGCUGCAUGACUCGACUGGUGAGCAUGAGACCGCUGAAGGCAGCUCUGGAGCAGCGAACGAAGCAGGUAGAAGGUCAGAAGAGGCUGAGGGAGACCAGGAAAGUAAAGUAGAGUUUGCUGUCCUGGAUGAGUUGGAUGACUUUUAUGAGAACUUCGUGGAUCCCGACGAUGGGGAGCAUAGCAGCUUUAAGUCUGAGGUCAUAAUCCAACAGGAGCAAGGGGAUGACGAGGUCGUGACUUACUCCUAUGAGGAGGAGUUUGACAAUGAUGUCGAUGCUCUACUCGAGGAGGGCAUGCCGGUCCCAAAAAAGAUGCGUCCAUCGGAGGAAAAAUAUGGCGGGGACAGUGAUCAUCCGUCUGAUGGUGAAGGCGGCGUUCAGCCCAUGAUGACCAAAAUAAAGACAGUGCUGAAGAGUCGGGGACGUCCACCCACUGAGCCGCUACCUGAUGGAUGGAUCAUGACAUUCCAUAACUCGGGCAUUCCAGUCUACCUGCACAGAGAGACCAGGGUGGUCACCUGGUCCAGACCCUACUUCCUUGGAACAGGCAGUAUUAGGAAACAUGACCCUCCUACCAGCAGCAUCCCUUGCCUUCACUACAGAAAAAUGAAGGAUCAGGAGGAAAGGGAGCUGAACGGGGAGGUGGCACUUUCACAGCAGUCUCCAGUAAAGCAGCUUGUCGAGGAGGCCAAUGGAGGAGAGGAAGAAGGCAAGUCUGAGGCUACAGGGGAGGAGCAGGAUGACGUCCGCCCCCCGAGUAUGACAGAGGGUGACCCAGAUGGAGAGGGAACCACUGAUAACAGCGUGCCGGUGAAAGAGUCCCAUUCGUUUGACACCGCCCAGGGAGCCUUAGGACAAGUCAAGGCCAAGGUGGAGGUGUGCAAGGAUGAGUCUAUAGAACUUGAAGAGUUUCGACUGUACCUGGAGAAGUGUUUCGACUUUGAACAAGUUACUGUAAAGAAGUUCCGUACCUGGGCCGAGCGGAGGCAGUUCAACAGAGACAUGAAGAGGAAGCAGGCCGAGUCAGAGAGACCCAUCCUUCCUGCAAACCAGAAACUCAUCACGCUGUCGGUCCAGGAUGCACCCACCAAGAAAGAGUUUGUCAUCAAUCCAAACGGGAAGUCUGAAGUUUGUAUCUUGCAUGAAUACAUGCAGCGUGUCCUGAAGGUUCGACCUGUUUACAACUUUUUUGAAUGUGAGAACCCAAGUGAACCCUUCGGAGCGUCCGUCAUCAUAGAUGGAGUGACGUACGGCACAGGAACCGCGAGCAGUAAAAAACUUGCGAAGAAUAAAGCUGCUCGAGCCACACUGGAAAUCCUCAUCCCCGACUUUGUAAAGCAGACGUCUGAGGAGAAGCCUGUAGAGGGCGAUGAACAGGAGUAUUUUAACCACAUCAGUAUAGAAGACUCAAGGGUUUAUGAGCUGACCAACAAAGCAGGACUACUCUCACCAUAUCAGAUUCUUCAUGAGUGCCUUAAAAGAAACCAUGGAAUGGGCGACACCAGCAUUAAGUUUGAGGUGAUCCCUGGGAAAAACCAGAAGAGUGAAUAUGUGAUGUCAUGUGGGAAGCACACUGUCCGUGGCUGGUGCAAGAACAAACGUGUUGGAAAACAACUAGCAUCUCAGAAGAUCUUACAGAUGCUUCACCCCCACGUGAAGAACUGGGGCUCGCUGCUGCGCAUGUACGGCAGAGAGAGCAACAAGAUGGUCAAGAAGGAGAGCUCCGACAAGAGUGUGAUCGAGCUGCAGCAGUUUGCCAAAAAGAACAAGCCAAACCUUCACAUCCUGAACAAACUGCAGGAGGAAAUGAAGAAGCUCGCCACACAGAGGGAGGAAACCAGGAAGAAACCCAAGAUGACCAUCAUGGAGUCCGCCCAGCCGGGGAGCGAGCCCCUCUGCACCGUCGACGUUUAAGUCUCCGAAACACUGAAGAACCACGGCACUGAAACCUCGUCACUGUUGGACGUCCCGCACCAACGCCCAUCCCUUAAUUAUGCAUCACUGGACAUCUAACGGCAAUAUAGUGAAGCGUGGACCGAGCCGCUUGUUUCUGUUUCACCUGUGUUCAAUGUCUUCAGCUGGUAGAAGUAAACGCACCAACAGACAGUAGAGUCUACCUCUCUAUGACGCACGAGGAACAAACGUAUGAACCACCACUUAAUAAUAAUAAUGAUAAUGCAUGCUUCUUCUUUUUGUUUCUGUCUGCAAACACACUCCGUACACUCUGUUUGAAUCUGUUGCAGCACUUAUUAUUUCUGUGUGUGUGCUUCAAGUGUUUGAAAGGGACUCCUCACACUCGCGUAUUUAUAACAUUCGUUUACGUUCAUGGAUAUUUUAAUGGUUGGUGUCAUGAAUAUUAUGGUUGAUAAAUACGACAUAUGCCGUUUAGUUUUUUCCUUAAGAAUGGACAGUCACUGUCUCGGUUUGCACGAUACAAAUAAAAAACCUGCGUUGUGAAGCGGCCACUAUUGAGAACUCUCGUCAUGCACCCGUGUUGACUGAUCAUGCUGGUGGAACACGAUUGGUUGAGAUCUUUUUUGUAUUUAGAGGGAUAUUUUUUUGCCUUUUUCUUUCUAUAUUUUUUUUAACACGCUUCGGCAAUACCAGAAGCUGACCCCCUCCUCCCACCUUAAUCCCGCCCCCUUGGACUGUGUUUGAGGGGGGGAACUGCUAGAUUUGAAUAAUGUACUAAUACCGCUCUUAUAGGCUAACAGCUUUGCUUUUUAGUGCCCUGGAGAAAUGUCAUGUUGCCUUAGUCAGUUUGUUUCAUGAAGGGCUCAGCGUUGAACGACCACAUUGGACCUAAAAUAAAAUCCCUUCAAGUGGGAAGACUAAACAAGCCCGCCUCGGCUUGAUGCAGCAUUUAGUAUUAGAGACAGCCUCACACUCAUCAGGUAACUCGAUGGGAAACGCCUUCAGCAUGUGAAGAGUCGUCGUCUCACUCCGAUCGGGCUGAUCUUAUUUUCUGACCACGAGUAGAAUCCAUUUUCAAAAAUGCAGUCGCUCCGCUGAUCGGAUGAAAUCGUUUUAGUCCAACACAAGCUGAUGAAACUGUGUAUACCAAAGCUUCCAUACAGUCUUAUGCAUUUUAUAGAAGAGAAGUGUUGCUGCAAACUGCAGAGGAAACGGCUAAAGACUCAUUAGUUACUGGAACAAAUAGAAAAAAGUGCUGUGCAAUCUGUCCCGUAUUUGUCCUGUGGUUUUUUCUUUUCUACUGAACAUAAACGGACACAGGCUGGUGUGAUGUUGUAGAGCGCUUUAAAGAAUGUGCUUCCCCCCCUCCCUCCUCGCUGUGUGUUUGUCGUCUUGCCAACUUGUGUCGGUGUGAGAAGAGAAUAAAAAAACAAAAUCUGCUUUUACAUGUUGCUGUUGGAUCUUUGAGAUGUUGCUGCCUAGAUAAUGAAGUUUGUAUUUCAAGCUGAGCUCAUGACUUCAGUGAUAUUUGUUAUGCAAAAUAAAGAUGUCUUGACUAAUGA